AUUAGUGUAAUUUUUAUGAAAAUUUUUUAAAUUUAAGUAGUUAAUAAAAAAUAAAAAUGAGUAAAAGUAAUGAUGGCGACGAAAAAACUGAGGAAAUUUAUUGCAUUUGUCGAAGUUCUGAUAUUUCUCGGUUUAUGAUUGGUUGUGAAGAAUGCAAUGGAUGGUAUCAUGGAGAUUGUAUUAAUCUAACUUCAGAUGAUGCCCAAAACAUUGAACACUGGUUCUGCAACUUUUGCUUAAAAUCAAAUCCAACGUUGAAAAUUUUGUACAAGAAAAGUCAUCUAUCAAAAACUUCCAUUGAUUCAAAAUCCUACAAAGAUGAUGACGAUGAUUGCGAUGAUGAUGAUGAUGACGAUGAAGACGAUUGGAAACAUAAAAAUCACAAAAACAAGACCAAGUAUGAUGGCGAAUCUAAACAUCACAAGCAUACUAAAAGACAAGAAAAGGAAUUAAACAGAAAAAAAUCAUCUCGAAUGUGUGGCUCAUGCAAAGCGUGCAUCAGAAAUGAAGACUGUGCCAAGUGUGAUUUUUGCAAGGACAUGAAAAAAUUUGGUGGACCAAACAAGUUACGACAGAAAUGUCGACUUAGACAGUGCCUAAAUUAUGGAAUCUCUACAAUGGUGAACGAUGAUCCAAUUUUUUCUAAAAGCAGCAAAAAGGAAAGCAGUCAUGAAAGUAGCAAGUUCAGUGAAUCACUAAAAAUGGACGCCAUUCAAAAUGUUUCUCAGGCUGCUUUAGAGUCCAACAACAAUUACAUGUUUCAACAGCAGCAGCAACAACAACAACAGGUGCAACAACAAAUGCAACAACAACAACAACAACAUCAUCGCAAACGCAUGCAACACAGUUAUUAUAUUGAUGAUGAUUAUGUAGGAUAUUCUCAACCUAAUAAAGAGAAAAAGCAUUCAUCAAAGUUAGCACCAACUCAACAACAUACAACAGCUCAACAAAGGUACAGUUACCCUAACAAGUAUUAUGACGAGAAUGGUCCGAGACAGUGUCUGGGACCUGGUUGUACAGAGUCUGCAAGACAGGGCUCCAAGUACUGCUCAGAUGACUGUGGUAUGAAACUCGCCACUAAUCGAAUAUUUGAAAUUCUUCCCCGUCGAAUACUUGAAUGGCAGUCAACUCCUUGUAUAGCUGAACAGAACAACAUGAAACUUCUGGACAAGAUCAGAUACAAACAGUUACAAGCCAAGGAGCAAUUACUGGAGUUGGAGCAGAAACGCAGAAAGUUGGAUGAGAUCAUUAUGAUAGGAAAGAGAGGAACUGUUUUAAAUGCGGACGAGGAGGUCGAUCAAGAUGAUGAUUCCGAUUUGAGCACAUUUUGCAUAACUUGUGGACACGAAUUGGCUCAAAAAGGCGCUCUUAGGCACAUGGAAAAAUGUUUUAAUAAGUUUGAGAGUCAGACGUCGUUCGGUUCGAUAUAUAAAACCCGCAUUGAGGGAGAUCCAAUGUUUUGUGACUUUUACAACCCCCAUCAAAAAACUUACUGCAAAAGAUUGAAGGUUCUCUGUCCUGAACACACCAAAGAGCCAAGGGCACCUGAAAACGAAGUAUGUGGAUGUCCGCUGGUGUCCAACGUUUUUGAACCGAAUGGAGAGUUCUGCCGAGUUUCAAAAAGGAAAUGCGUGAAGCAUCAUUGCUGGGAGAAGCUGAGGAAGGCACAAAUUGACAUGGAAAGACUGCGACAGUGGAUGUCGCUGGAUGACUUGUUUGAGCAAGAACGUCAGGUGAGGACGGCCAUGGCGAAUCGUGCUGGUGUGUUGGCCCUCAUGCUGCAUCACACAAUCGACAACGAUCCCGAGACACCCAUGCUGCCUACGAAGUUUCGGUGAGGAAGAAGAUGACCCAACACAAAAAUAAAACGUUCCUGACAGACUUUUCGUCAUUAUAUAUUCAUAUUAUUCAAACAGUACUGUAUAUUGAUUUAUAUAUAUAUAUAUAUAUAUAUAUAUAUAUAUAUAUAUAUAUAUAAUAUACAUAUGUAUAUAAAAGUAUAUACACACAACAUGUUUGCAUUUGCAUGUUUUUUUUUUGUAUUAAAUUGAACAAUAAAUUUUAGUGCAAGGUGCAGUUUUGUU